AUGUGUCAUGGUGGCUAAUAGACAGUUUUGAUAUUCAAUUUUUUUUUUUUCCUUGAAAGGUAUCAUGGGUGGGUUCUAUAAAUGGCAAUUGAUGAUUCCAUUUUUGGGAUUUCUCUUAAUUCAUCUGAAAAUUUGGAUAAGGCUAGGAUAUUGACAGUGUUGAACUGUUGUACCGUUCUCUGUAUCCAAUAUACCAGAAAGUCUUUGGAACUACUUUUUGAAUGUUCAAUGUAAUUUUUAUGAAUGGAUUCAUCUUGCAGUGUCCUGAAGCAUCAGAGCAUGGAUCCUUGCCUACAGCCCGUGGUACAGUAUCUGUGCUACCCACUGGACUGCUUGUCAUUCAAAACUUGGAAACCGCAAUUCCUGAUAAUUUUAGAGCACCUCCUUCACCAUUACCUUUUUCCAUGGGUUCGGAUAGCUCUGAGACUUUAUCCCGAGGUUUAGAAACAAGCGGUAACAAAUCUGGCCCAGUUCUGUUGAGUGGAUAUCAGCCUCUGGGAGAAACUGUGCGUGAAAGCACUUUUGAAGGGUUCAAGGAUCUGAAAGUGUCCGACAGUCUGAACAAGACAUGUUACCCUAAAGCUGCUGAAGACAAAUCCUCAAUAUUGAAUAUUUAUAAUACUUCUGCAACGGAGGAGGAAGAUGUCUGCCCUACGUGCCUUGAAGGUAUAAAUACUCGAAAGAACGACUUCUGUGACGGUUUUAUUGAAUGCUCGAGCAGAUUUAAAAUUCUGCAAUACCUGUACUUCAAAAUUUUCUUUUUCUUUUGAGAAGAUGAUUUACAAUCAUCUUGCUUAAACCUCUUGGCCCAUUAGUCUGAGUGUUCUUUCUGGUCAUCGUCAUAUCAGAGUAAUUAAUAUGAGAAGCUAAAAGGUCAAGGAGAUGGCCUUACUUCUCCAUCACCAUCUGGCUUAGAUUAAUAGAUCCUUUCUACUGUCCUUAAAAAUGAAUUUGACAUAUACUUUGUAUUGUUUCCCUGACAGAAUAUGAUGCAGAUAACCCGCGUAUUAUUCCGAAAUGCCAGCAUCAUUUUCAUCUUUCUUGCAUAUUUGAAUGGAUGGAGAGAAGUGCUACCUGCCCAAUCUGUGACCAGGUUUGCAUGGAAAACCCACUUCCUUUAUCGUACGUAGCCUCACCAUAUAAUUUGUGCUUUCAUAAGUAAUAAAUAUUUCCCAAUUCAUUUUGAUGAUUGUCUCCUAAUGGUGGACUUACGCACCUCAUGGAGGACCCAUUCUUAUCAGACACUGCAUGAUGCUUCAAAGUCUCUACUGAGAAUAUACACCGAUUCGGUUUGUCUUUAUGUCUUCUUUGGGAGGCGAUUCAUUCCAUUGAACAGUCACAUUUGUGUUCAUGCAGUUAAUGGUCAUCAAUCAGACCUAUAACGGGUAG